AUGACUAUAUGCUCACUCUGUUCUCCUGCCCUGUCCAGUCCUUCAGGCCUUCCAACUCUCCCCGCGUCAUGGAAUACUGGCUGUGGUAUUGUUGAAUCCAGCUCUACGCCGUAUUUCUUUGCGGACAAGGACUGCGAGACCCCGCCUGAAGAAAUCGGCUUAGCUCACCAUGUAGGCCUUGACGCCCUCACCGAGUCAGCAAAGGAAUGUCCACUAUGCGAGCUCAUUCUAAAAAGAGUCGAUAAGUUCAUUCAAGGGCUGGAAGAGGUGGAACAGGAUACUCACUCCCGUUAUUUUGUGCUCGAGGCUCAAGGCCAUGGAGUACCAGAGACAUGGUUUUUUAAACUUGUCCAGAGACUUGAUGGCGGCGAAGGUUUUGCUGUCUUUGCUAAUAGUAAGAAGAGGAGUUACAUGUAUUUGAUGGAUGUCUUUGGCUUCUGCGUCGACCCAGCCGAUUCUCUGUAUUCUGCUAUGACGCGAGGUGCUGAAGCGUCAGGGACCUCGCACAAAGGAAAAAUCAGAGGAUCAAAGGUCGGGCCUGAUGCUGGGUCGAAAGAAACCUUAAGCGUGGUAACAGGCUGGGUCGAUGACUGCAUCCAGAGCCAUGAUCGCUGUCAACCGGCCAAGACUCGUCUCCCUUCACGCAUUCUGGACCUAGAAGCAUCGGACAACCCUAACAAUAUUCGUCUACUGGAAACAGUAGGCGACGAAAAGUACGGCUCUUACGUGACUCUCAGCUACUGCUGGGGAACUGAUCCUGCUUUCCAUGUGCGAACUACCCACUCAACUAUGUCAAGCCAUCUUGACAGCAUCGACGUGAACAGUCUUCCGCAGACGUACAAAGAUGCCAUCAAGAUCACUCGCCAUCUCGGUAUCCGAUACCUAUGGAUCGAUUCAUUGUGUAUUUGCCAGGACGACUUGGAAGAUUGGGCCCGAGAGUCUGCUGCUAUGCAGCAAGUCUAUGCUGGAGCAUACUUGUCCAUCGCGGCGGAUAACGCUGCGGGCUCUGAACAGGGGUUCUUGACAAGGCAAGACCGUUCAUAUGUGCCGGCUACGAUCAAUAUCUCAGCCCAUGCUAGUGAUUCGGCUGAGUCGAACAAGGUGGCUGGAUAUGUCUUUGAAGUGCCACCGAUCAAGGCACAUCAUGCCCGAGCAUGGAUGGUAUUCAACAAGGAACCCCUCACUGUACGUGGAUGGGCCAUGCAAGAGCGACUUCUUCCUAUAAGAGCCCUCCACUUUGGCAGCGACCAGAUGUUCUUUGAGUGCAACUGUCACAUGUUGUCAGAAGACGGCGUCGAGGUCAAGGGUCGUUGGAACUCGCUGUAUCCCCUCAAAGAGAAAGGAUUCAAGGAUCUCGCGCGCAAAUCGAGAGUGAGCGCCACGCAUCAGCUAUGGUACCUGAUCCUUGAAGACUUCUUCCAUAGGAAGGUUACUGUGAAGAGUGAUCGACUACCUGCGAUUUCCGGUCUGGCAACGAUGUUCCAGAGCAGGCUUACCUAUGAGAUGGUAUCAAGAACCGGCUCUGGAGAAGUUCAAUAUGUUGCUGGGCUCUGGAGCAAUGCCCUAAUCGAAGGUCUUGGAUGGUCUGCACUCGGGAGAGAGGAGAUAACCCUGCCUGACAAGAAACCACUCCCGGGUGAAGAGGGUUAUAUCGCACCUACCUGGAGCCCUGCUUCUUUUGACGAUGCCUCUGCUCAUGGAAUGACCAUGCCCGGCUGGGUUGACAUCGCCACUGUUACAGACUUUGGUGUGACGCCAAAGACCAUGCAUAACCCAUUCGGUGAACUAAUCGAUGGCUGGAUCCGCAUCCGAGGUCCGAUGAUCAAGCUAUCGCUCAGUAAAUUACCGGAUGAGGACCAAGAAAAGCUGGGAACCUGGCGCCGCAACAUGAGACUCUGCACGCCACGUGGCGAUGCCUAUGGUUCAUUCUGUUCCAUGGAUACUAUUCACGGACAGAAUGAAGAAACACGCGCUUGGAUUAAAAAUAACGAGAUAUUUGCAUUAGUCUUGUCGGAAAAGAAAUAUGACGGAGAUGAAAUAGCGGGAAAAAAACUCUAUCAUGCACUGUUGGUCAUGCCUGUGAGCCAGGACAGGCGGGUUGUGUCUGAUAGGGACGAGUUUAGGAGGGUUGGGACAUUCUUUGUGGACGAAGAUAACAUUGGUGAUGAUAAGAGUCAGUACAGAAUGUUGAUAUGUUUGCGGAGAUAG